UGAUUGGCUGAGACGAAACGGAGCGCGCCAUUCAAAGUUGUCCCGAGCAGAGUCGCUUGGGCUUUGGGCGGGCGUUUUGUAUGGGAGACUCCGGCUGAAGGGUGCGAUAGAAGAGGCGCCGGGAAGCGCUUCCUUGCCGUGGGUUAGUGGCUUCUUCCCCUACUCACUGAAGUCAAUCGAGACCGGCUUUCGGGGCCCGCUAGAGGCCGGGGUUCCUCCCUGAGUAUCUACUAGUUCCUCCCGAGGGGCGAGCUCGUGGCUGCGGCUUGGCGCGGCAGUUAAGCGAGUGGGACGCGGCCGGCCACUUCCCAGAGUCCCGCCCUGCCCGUCCUUUGAGCCUUCUUCUCCGAGGUGAUCUGUGGCUGCCUGACGAUGAGCUGCCAGGGCGGUGGCGGCACUAAGAAGGACGAGAAGGGCAAGAACAUCCAGGUGGUGCUGAGGUGCAGGCCUUUCAAUGCGUUGGAGCGCAAAGCUAAUGCCUAUGCUGUAGUGGAGUGUGAGCAUUCAAGGAAAGAAGUUGUUGUUCGCUCUGGAGGGGUGACUGAUAAAACAUCAAGGAAGACUUACACAUUUGAUAUGGUUUUUGGAGCCCAUGCUAAACAAAUCGAUGUGUACCGGAGUGUUGUGUGCCCAAUUUUGGAUGAGGUUCUUUUGGGGUAUAACUGUACAGUGUUUGCUUAUGGUCAAACUGGAACAGGAAAGACCUUCACUAUGGAAGGAGAGAGAUCACCUAAUGACGAAUAUACAUGGGAAGAGGAUCCCCUAGCUGGUAUAAUUCCCCGUACACUGCACCAGAUAUUUGAGAAGCUUGCAGAAAGUGGCACAGAAUUCUCUGUAAAAGUAUCUUUGUUGGAAAUCUACAAUGAGGAACUCUUUGAUCUUUUGAAUCCAUCUGCAGAUGUUGGGGAAAGACUACAAAUGUUUGAUGACCCACGGAACAGGAGAGGUGUGAUAAUCAAGGGUUUAGAAGAAAUAACUGUACACAACAAGGAUGAAGUCUAUCAAAUUUUAGAAAGGGGAGCAGCAAAAAGAACCACUGCAGCUACUUUCCUGAAUCAAUAUUCUAGUCGUUCCCAUUCCGUGUUCUCUGUCACACUGCAUAUGAAAGAAACAACAAAUGAUGGUGAAGAGCUUGUUAAAAUUGGGAAGCUAAAUUUGGUGGAUCUUGCUGGAAGUGAAAAUAUAGGUCGUUCUGGAGCAGUUGACAAAAGAGCUCGUGAAGCUGGAAAUAUCAACCAAUCUCUGUUGACUCUGGGGAGAGUCAUUACUGCACUUGUUGAAAGAGCUCCACAUAUUCCAUACAGGGAAUCUAAGCUCACUCGAAUCCUGCAAGAUUCUCUCGGAGGGCGCACAAAAACAUCUAUAAUUGCUACAAUUUCUCCUGCAUCAAUAAAUCUUGAGGAAACUCUGAGUACUCUUGAAUAUGCUCAUAGAGCAAAGAAUAUCCUGAAUAAGCCUGAAGUGAACCAGAAGCUCACAAAACGGGCACUCAUUAAGGAAUAUACAGAAGAGAUUGAACGCUUGAAACGAGAUCUUACUGCUGCACGAGAGAAACAUGGAGUCUACAUUUCUCUGGAAAACUAUGAUGCUCUUCAUGGGAAGUUGACAGUUCAGGAGGAACAAAUUGCAGAGUACGUCGAGAAAAUUGGGGCGAUGGAGGAAGAACUGAAAAGAGUCACAGAGUUAUUCACAAUUCAUAAAAGUGAGCUUGAUCAGUGCAGAACAGACCUACAGGUCAGGGGAAAAGUGCUGGAAGACACGCAGAAGCACCUGGAAACAACGAAGAUUCUUCUUGCAGAAGAAGAGUAUGUGUCAUCAACUCUGGAGGAUACAGAAGAGAAGCUUCAUGGAACUGCUACCAAGCUCCUUAGUACAGUUAAAGAAUCUACCAAAGACGUGUCAGGUCUGCAUGCAAAACUUGAUCGUAAAAAAGCAGUUGAUCAGCAUAAUGCAGAAGCCCAGAAAGCCUUUACAGACCGCCUGAGUGCUCUCUUCAGUAAAAUGCAGAGCUUGAUUGAUGAGAACUGUUGGAAACAGCAACAGAUGCUGAACUAUUACGCUGCUUCAGUUGGUGACCUGCUGUCUUCCAGCACUUCGGCCUUUGAAGUUACUGCGGCAGCUAUAGAUGAAGCAUUCAGUGCUGUAAAAGAGAUGGUUUCCACUGAAGUUUCUCUAGCUUCUGAAAAGAUACUGAAGCAAGAAUAUCUGACAUCUGAACAUAAAAAUGAUCUGCAGAAACUGAUAGAAGAGCAUACCGCUGGACUGAACAAAGCACUAAGUAGUCUGUCACCUGUGGUGAAACUUGUAUUGGGCAUAAACUCUCAACUGCAGAUUAACUUUAAAAAAUAUUCAUCUCUGGCUGAAAAGAUGGAAUGCCAUAAAGAGGAGAUGACUACCUUCUUCCAAGAUCAUUCUCUUGCACUGAGUAAACUGCAAGAAGAAAGUUCCCAAAUGCUGGCUCAACUUCAGCAUGAUUGUGAGGCCUUGGAGGAAGAGUUGGAGCUGGCAAAGUUGGCACAUGAAAAGGGUACAUCCCAGCUCAUUGAUUCUCUGCAAAAGCAGCUGAGCUUGCUAGACCAGGAAACGCAGCAAAAUCUAAGUGGAGUCCGAGAGAAAGGUGGUCGUUUGAAGAAGAACGUUACUGCUGUGAAAGAACACAUAACUGUGCAAACAACUGGCCUUGUCAAUUCUGCAACUUCCCAGCACAGCAUAUUGACUUUGCCCCUGGGUGACUUUUCCCAAGAGAUCAGGCAAUCCUACAAUGAAAAUGUCAAGAUGCUGUCACAGUCAUCUAGUCACUGUGAGCACCUGGGCAGCAGCCUAAAAAGUGUGUGCCAAGAAACCAGUAACUGGGGUGAAAUUGCAAUGAAAAGGACGGUUUGCAUCGCUGAUCAACAGAGAACUUUCCUCAAAAGCAGGAAGGAACACCUGCAAAGGGUCUAUGAGAUUCUAGAUGACAACUGCAAUGCUUCAGUUGCUAAAGUUACAGACCAUAUUAAUCAACAAAAAUAUGCUGAAGAAGAGGUACUGAAGAGGCUCGUUGAUGAGAUGCAGAAUGAUAAGAAUGUGCUUACACAGCAGAAAAAGGCACUCAUUGAAGAAACAGAGGAUGGAUUAACUCAAGUUAAUGGUUUCUUGAGAGAGGAACUUAAAGCAGACAUCCCAACAGGAACAACUCCACAAAGGAAAGAUUACCGUUAUCCCACGACAGUUGUAAAAGCAGAACCCCGUGAUCUCUUGCUUGAAAAAUUAAGGCAUAAGCAGGUGGAGCUGGCAGCUACACUGAAGGCUGCUGCGGUAGAGGCUACAGAUGUCUUGGACCAGGAUUCUUUGGAGGAUGAAGAGGAGAUAAGAGAGACCAAUGAAAGCUUGUUCAGUGAAAAAUCCUAUUUGGAGACGAGUGUGUGCAUUCAGACAAGUGGUGGCAUGCCCUUCUUCCAGCAUAAAAGAAGUGUAAAAAAGGAUAAAGAGAACAAAUCGGCAAGCUUCCUGGAAAAGGCUAAGGAAGAGGAUACAGCAGAUCAAUCUCUUUCAAAAACAAAAAUUCCAUUAAGAGUCCAGAACUAAGAAUAUGCAGUACAUCUGCUUCAUUCCUCUGUGUUUCUCGCUCAAAUACAGCAUGGAUUUUCCUGCUUUCUGUACAUGGUGCUAUAGCAUCUUAUCAUAUUUUAUCUGUAAAAACAUCUAGUAUUAUUAAUCAAUAUCUACUUUUUAUACACUCUAACUUGUUCAUAAAAUUUGAAAUUUCAUAUGCUAGUUUUCCUAAAUAAAAACCUUACUCUUA